CAUCACUUCAACUACAAACACCCUUCUUUUGAAGACAAGUACUUUUUUCAAUCCCGGUGACGAUAACAGAUUAUGGUUCCUAAUUUCAUCCUCCUAAUUUUAUCUGUCUCCGUUAUCUUAUUCUUGUGUCCACAGACUACUGCGGCCGGUUUAUGGGUCUGCCAACCUUGCAAAGACGAAGCAGAAUGCAACGCGGAACCUAAAGAAGUCUGUGUGUGGGGAGAAGCAAGAGACGCAUGCUUUAGAAGAAUAUGUGCAAGGGGACCUGGAGACAGAUGUGGUGGACCUCUCGACAUCCUCGGCCAGUGUGGUGAGGGUAUGAUGUGUAGCAAGAAGGACGAAAGGUGCCACGGCUGCUCUCUUCAGACAAUGCAGUGCUAUAACAGUGCUGGUAGUAGUUAGGAACAAUUAUUGUGAUCUCGAAAACUCCAUUAUCAGUAUUACUUGUCGUUUCCAGUUAACUGACAAUGACAAUGCAACCUUGAAUAUUAUUAUAGUUUUAUAUGAUGACUAAAAUACUUCUGUAUUUAUAUUUAUAAAUUAUUACCGAUCUCUUAUGAUGCAAACUAAUAAAAAGGAGGGUACUUUGUACAUUUCGG